GCAGGGAUCAGUAGUGGGACUGGGGAGAAGUGAGUAUAAAAGAAAGGCCCACACUGGGAGCAGCCAUCUCAGAGCCCACUCAUUCUUGGUACCAUGGCUUCCCAUCGCCUUCUUCUCCUCUGCCUGGCAGGACUGGUGUUCGUAACUGAGGCGGGCCCAACGGGCACUGGUCAGUCCAAGUGUCCCCUGAUGGUCAAAGUCCUAGAUGCUGUUCAAGGCAGCCCUGCAGUCAAUGUGGCGGUGAGAGUGUUCAAAAAGGCUGCUGACGAGACCUGGGAGCCGUUCGCCUCUGGGAAAACCAGUGAAUUUGGAGAACUCCAUGGGCUCACAACUGAUGAGAAAUUUGUAGAAGGUAUCUACAAAGUAGAAUUAGACACCAAAACCUACUGGAAGGCACUUGGCAUUUCCCCAUUCCAUGAAUACGUGGAGGUGGUGUUCACAGCCAACGACUCUGGCAAGCGCCGCUACACCAUCGCCGCCCUGCUCAGCCCUUACUCUUACUCCACCACGGCCCUUGUCAGUGACCCCAAGGAAUGAGGGACUCCUGCAAUGAGCUCCAGGGGUUGGGUGGGAUUUCAUGUACCCAAUAGUAUUCCAUUUUUAUUAAAGCAGUGUUUCCACUUUAUAAGCUAUUUUAGAGACUUGGGCAAAGACAAUAAAACAUUCCUAUUAAAGCACUACA